AAGUGGCCUUAUUUACAUGUAUAUUAUAUAUACCAAAAUGGUUUUUAUACGCCGCGUUUACACAAGCAUUAAUUAUUGCCAACUAGCUUUUGAAUUAUAUUGCCAUAUAAAAUUGUUAUCAUAUCAAACCGUUUCGAUAGAUAACUGAAAGCGUGAGCGCAGAAAGGCCUUUAAGGGCGUUUAUCACACAAUUGAGGAAUGUGGCUGCAGAUGACCUAACUCUUUAAUUCUUAGAUACCGUGUUUGAUCUAACUAUCGUUUGCUCUGUAUCGCUGUGAAGGAGUUAUUGACGAAAGAUGAAGUCUAUUACCAAAAGUUGAUAUUUAAUUUAAACCAUAAAUUAACCUACUAUGUGCUAUGGAGAUUUUUCGUGAAGUAUAGCUUUGGAUAACCACACCUGUACAAAAAAAUUUAGAGGGUUCAACACACUGUACGCUACGAACAACUCCAGCUAUGGCACUUAAUGCAGAAUGCCAUAAACUUUUCAAAAUAAUAAACCUUAAAUAUUCUAUCAUUAUUCUAGGUACCUAAGAAAUCUAUACAUGAUGCACGAAAUAAAAAAUUUUAAAUUUAUACAAAAUUUGUGGCAUAAUAUAAUUCCAUCGCUAAUAGUCGAUAAUUCGACUAUAAUCCGAUCAUUUAUGGCGGACAAAUUACCGGCUACACUUCAGGCUAAACCCUUCCCAGGAUCACUUACUCCGGGUUGGAAUGAUCCACCUAUUUUGAAUAACAUAACUCAACCACCUGGACGAACUCGAUUGAAUCUCAAUAAAAGAGUAGCAUUUCCGGUAAAUUCCACAUCUAGUUCCAUAUCUGUGGAUAGUUCAACAGUGUCGACAAGUUUGGGGCAAUGCAAAUUAUCGGAUGUAGGCUCUCUACCACCUAAUUCAGCAGGAAAACCAACGGAAUAAAUAAUAAAUAUCUGUAUGAAGACCAUUGUGUUUUAUGUGCUAUCAAAUGGUCAAAAUAAAUACAUGUUAUUUACGAGGAGGCUUUAUUAUAAACCCAAUAUAGAAGAGCUAAAUUCGUCUACAGUCGCAACCACGACAGUUGUUGUAGCGGCAGAAAAUGUUUCUGAACUAAUUUCGAGGAAUGGUGCCGAGUUGACAGUCCUUGGCCUAACUUACAACUGCAAUAGAUGGACUAUUCAAUAUUCUGCAGAUUCAUGCCAACCAUCUACGGUUCCAAAAAAUUAAUUUCCUAAGGCCCUUGGAACAUUCCUUGUCGCGGAUUUUAAAAUUGUGACUCCCACUCUAGUUUUACUUGACGGACCCAUAGCGCCCAAAUUUAAACUGAUAUACCCCUGCUCAGAGAAACAAUAGUUACAGAACCCUACCUUGUGAGUUCCAGGCUGCAAGUCAAGGACCUCCUCCCAGCCUAUUAUUGUAUUGCUACAUACAAAUAGGUCUUCACUAUUGUAAUAUAAGAAUUUUUGAAAUAGGAUUAUGAGGGAAAGGAUCAAUAAUUUAUUAAAUCAACAAAUAAAAAGUAUCAUUGGACUAGGGGUAUUGUAAUAGA